AUGUUAAAUAAUAUUUUGUUGUAAACCAAAAAAAAAGAAGAAAAUCAAACAUAAAGAAAUUCUGAAUCCUCAAUUCCAGAAAAUUCAACUAUGCACACAAAUAAUUUAUAAUAAUCAUCAAUUUAAAAUUCAACUAAUUAAGAGACUGGCUCUCGUAAUACUUAUGCUUAGUUAGAUUAAAUUUAUUAACCCUUAAUACAACAUAAUUAAUAAUUAUCUAGUCUAAGUGAUUUAUUAAAACAAAGAUUUCUUAUUUAGAUAACAGGUAUUUGGAUUUUUUAGGAAGCUAUAUAAAUAAUUAUGUCAGUCAUUACUAUUUUAGAUUUUAACUACGAUAAUUUGUUUUAUAAUUUUGACAAGGGAAAAUAUAGAGCACCACUAUAUUUAUUUUUUUUUAUAUCUGCCUUAUAAUUAUUGCUAAUCAGAUUUUAUAAACCAUUUAGAUGUGUAUAUUUUAAAUAUAAUUACUAAGAAACAUAUUGCUUUUUUCAUAUUCUUGAUUUUCACUAUUUCAUAUUCCUUAUGGAUUAGUGGUCUUAUAGCUGCAGAACAUUCUGAUAUUUGGAAUAUCGAAAUUAGUGUUUAAAUAGGCUUUGCAAUUUUUAUUGGUAUUAUUUGUAAUUUUCUUACCUUAAUUACUCUACAAUUUCAAUUUUCUCUAACCAAAAAACAAAUAUCAUUUUUUAGUAAGAUGUUAAUUAAAUAUUCUUAGGAACUAUUAAAUAUGUUUUAAUUCCUCCAUUUAUAUAUGCCUUUAUAUUUUAAAUUUUCAAUCCUUUUGAUUAUACUGCAGUACUUAUUUUAUGGAUGUCAACUGAAUUAUGGGCUCUUACAUUUGGAGGCUUAUAUCUCUACAGUAUACUACAAAUAAUGCAUGGUAAAGUAAAAAAAGAUAAAUUUAUUUUAGUUUCAUCUAAAUCAAGAUUAAACCAUCUCUGCAGCACUUUUGGCAUUUAUCAACAUGUUUUUUCCUUUUGGAAAUUUUUGA